CCCGCCCCGCCGCUCCUGGGCACCGGGAGAGCCGGGAGGCGGCGGGCAACUUCCUUCCCGGCGCGGCGUCUCCAGCGCGGGCAGCAGCGCUACAGAUAGUCCUCGACUUACAACCAGCAUUUCUGUUGCUAAGCAAGGAGCUGCUAUAAUUUCCAGGAUGCUUCGGUCAAAAGAUACAAAAGAGGAAGCAGCCAUGAGAUCGUUGGUCUUCACUUAACGAUGCAAGCCAGAAUGGCUGCUGUAGAAGCUGCAGGCAUCGUUCAGAAUCCCAGGGCCAAGUCUCUCUUGGAUGGAAAAGAGUCCCAGGAGGAAAAUGGGGCAGCCAGUCACCUCUCCGAACCCUGUGAUGCUUCCUUCGCUGGGGCAGAGCCAAGUCGGCAACAGGCACCGGCCAGCAAACUGAAGAAGACAGCCUUUAAAUUCUUCGGGGGGAAGAGAAGCAUCUGCACCCUACCAAGCUUUUUUGGGGGGAAGAAUAAAAGCCAGGCCAAGGGAGCUUCCAAAAAGGGUCUCAGCAAGAGCAAGACUCAUGAUGGUAUCAGUGACACGGCGCACAAAGAGGCCAGUUCUGGAUGUCUCAGGAGUCCCUCAGAUGGAGGACCAGACUUCCCUCCUUCCCAGCUGCUGCCAAGUUCUCAAAGCACUGUUUUAGGAGCUGAUCUCAGAGUUGGCUUCACCCAGACCUCAAACUUUCUGUCCAGCAGCUCUGAAGGCUUUGAAAAGAAGCUGAUGGGAGAGAAGUCCUUGUUCCUCCCAAGAUCCAAAAAGGGGCUGAAGGGGCUUUUUAACAGCAUUCGCCGUCAUCGGAAGAAUAAAGUUGCUGAACCUGAGAAGACCGAGCUGCAGGAAUGGGCUCUCAGGGACACCGUGACCGAAGAACAGCCAUGUGGAAAUGGGCUGGGUGGGAGUCCUCAAAGUGGGACUGUGACACCAGAAUGUGCAGAUAAUUUCUCCAGCGAUGCUGUGCCUCAAAUAACCAACCAUAAUGAGGCAGGAGAGAUGGACUGCUUGGCCUCAAGCCCAGUUAGGUCCAUUGGUGAGGCAGCUAGAGGACCAGUGCAUCCUGCUGAUGGGCAGCCAAGCCUGGAGGACAUCUGUGCUGACUCUGCCUACAGUGAUCUCCCUGAUGCUUUUGAACCAGAGUUCCUGGAGAAGAGCCCUCCUUGCAUACCAUCCGGGGAACAACUUAGCUUGAUGUUUGGGGAGGUGACGUCUCUUAAAAGCUUUGACUCUUUUACCGGUUGUGGAGAUAUCAUUGCAGAGCCGGAUAUUGAUAGCAUCACGGAGAGUUCGACGUCUGCGGAACGCAGCCGGGAUGCUACCAAGAGGACCUCUUGUUUGGUUACUUACCAAGGCGGAGGGGAGGAAAUGGCCCUGCCGGAGGAUUUAGAAGAGUACCUCCAGCAGAUGUGGGUAGGAACCAUCAAAGGAGAUGCAGCCUCUGAAGCACAUCUGCCAGAGCUUAUAACCAAAUGUGACCUUCAGGGCAUGAAUGGAGCCAAGCAGGAAGUUAAUCUAUACACUGAAGGAACAAGGAAUGAUAUAGACCUUCUGACACCACAUAGUGACCAACAAGAAUCUGCACCCAAUAGCGAUGAGGGCUACUACGAUUCUACCACCCCAGGUCCUGAAGAUGAAGCUGUUGAUGGUUUAGAUGAAAUAAAAAAGGACCGCCUUCCGCGGGACAGCUACAGCGGGGAUGCUCUUUAUGAAUUCUAUGAACCAGAUGAUGCAAUGAUGAGCCCAUCUCAUGGAGAUGGAUCCUGGUUUGAUGGGAAAGUGUCUCCUUCAAAGAUAUUUGACCAGUUCUUGGACUUUGCUCUCCCCGAUGAGAAGGACUUGAUCUGGCUGAUGGAACAGAAAAGUGAAGUGAUGGAAACAGAAGAGCAGAGGUUGGCAACCCUCCAGAAACAGCUGCUUUUUUGGGAGAUGCAAAGAGACCCGGCCCUGAAACACCUCCAGGAGCUUAGAAGAGACCAACCUCUGAGACCAGGGCAGCUGUCUGAAUGUAAAAUGCAAACAACCGGCUUAGUUGGGAAGAGCUCGAGUUGCCUUGGUUGUGAGCAAAUGAAUUUUUGUGCUUUGAACGACAGUCUAAAUGGUGGAAAGAAGCUAGCAGAAAGCCAAGACUGGGAAGAUGAUUUUCAUAAGAAGCUCUGUCCAGAAAAGCUUUGUGAUAGCAGCAGCACCAUUAAAGCACACAAUAGUUGCCUUAUUCAGCCGUUAGAGAAUGGCUCAGAAUUGGGCUCCAGUGGUGAACAACUGGUGCUUGAUUCCUGUGCUUUGGCUUCGGGAAACUCUGUGACCUACCCUCUCUACAGGGCGCAUGGCCACCACAGCUGCUCUCCAAGAGCUGACUUUCAAGAGCUCUGCCAGGAACGCAACGUAGAACCAGAGCAAGCUGUCAACUUCUCACAAGCCUUGGUGGAAUUUACCAGCAAUGGGACUCUUUUCUUCAGCCUGUCUGAAAGUCUUAGAAGCUCCGAUUCAGGCUCUGAGUUCACUCAGAACCUUCCUGACCUCCCCACAAUGGUGACUUUUGACAUUGUCGAUGUGGAACAGGAAGGGGAAGGGGAAUGCGAGGAGCAUCUGGAGAUGAACACGGAUGAGGACAUGACUGCAUCCUUUGAAGCUUUUAGGGACACUUAUGACUCCAAAGCAUCCUUUGAAUGUGAUGAGCGAAUGUUUCCUGAGUAUCCUCAGAUCUCUUUCCACUGGGGAGCUGCCAGCCUUCCUCGGCGUCUUCGACUUCAGGAGCUGAGUCCACCUCUGCUGGAGCCGCUGUCUGUCUGCAGGAGAAGCCGAUCCCUUGAUACCGAAAGUCUGGACUUUGAGCUGGCAAGUUUGCAGCUAUCCAAGAAGAGCUUUAGGCCGUUUGAACUCUGGAGCAGUUCCAAAAAGGAUCCUGGUCCUCUUGGAUUGGACAAUGGCCAGGAAGGUAUGCCACAUUCUCCAGAAGAAGCUAUUGGUGGCCUCUCAUGGCCAGGACAGUUGAAUGUACUACAUGGCAAGGAGGAAUUUUCCUUGCAAGAAACAAAAACAGGAGAGACUGGUUGGAAUGCACUCCCCUCUCAAAGUCCUUGGGGAAUAUUGGAGCACUCUGACAUGGCUCCUCCUUUAGCUCACCUGGGACCGAAUUCCACCAACAAACCAGCUGGACACCUUCAAGCAGAUGGAAGCAACCAUCCAGUCCUUCCAGCAUUGAGACCAUUGACCAGGCCCUCCACUCUGUUUCUGCAGGCGCCUGUGAUGUCACCAGAGGGCUCUAUUCCUAAAAGGCCUAGUGGGGACAGUCUGUUGAAAAAACAUGCUUGGGAGAGAACAGUCUAGACUUGCCUUUGAGCUUUGAUUUUCCUUGCUCCCCUGACAAGCUGUCAAUGUGUAAGCUUGGGGAUGUGGCUCAGGGAACAUCUCAGCUUCACACCAAGCAGUGCUGAGACCACCUAUAGGGGCAAGGCUGAACAGUGGGGAAACUCUAGACCCAGAACAUUUGGGAAGCACUUCCUGCCAGCUAGCUAGUCUAUGAAUUUAACUAGCCAAGUAGCUUUUGUGAAUAGGGAUCCAACUGAAUUGUUUUUGUUCCGGUGGGCUGUGAGAAUACAGAAAAUACUGCAAACUGUUGACUUUGGUUUGAAGCUAGGAGAACUGGGUGAAAUGUUGAUGUUUCUCCUUAAACAGAGAUGCUUGUGGGUAGUGGGGACUUCUGUUGAUCCACAAAACAAUACGAAGAGAACAGGGACAGUCUCAAAAGUUGAGAUGGGAAUAAAGUCCUGAAUUAUUUCCAAUUGCACCAUCAUGGGAGGAGGAGAAGUAAUAAUUUCCAAAAGUCAACUAGGUGGCCAAAGUUAGAAGGUAUAUUUUGGAGGAGCAAAAAGCUCAAGGACCUGCCAAAAUGAGACAUUUGCUUAUGGUGAAACUUGUUAACUCCUAGUUUUUGAGGGCACGUGUGCUUAGAAGUCAACUUGCUAAGCUGUUUUUAUUCCUAGAGAUGCCUGUAGAAGAGAGUGCAAAUAGAGAUGCUUAUGGUCCCAGAACUUCCUCCAGAGUGGGUGGGGCCAAUUUUCUCUUUCUUUUUUUAGUUGGGAGGGAAGUUAAGGGACAGAAUUAGUGCCUUAAGCCUUCUAAAGGCUUAGCACCCAUUUUAUAUCUCCCCCAACGGGUCUUGGCCUGGGCCAUGGUUGGAAUGUGGCUUUUGACAAGUGGCACAAGGUCUUGGAUAGACUUGAGCCAACAGAAGUCUGGCACUUGUGAUAUAUAGGAUUGCAGCUAUGCAGCAUAUCUUAAAUGUGCUUACUUGUUACAGCAGCAUUUCCCAACCUUGGCAAAUUGAAGGUGAGUGGAUUUCAAUUCCCAAUCCCCAUGGCUAUGCUGGCUAUGCAAUUAUGGGAGUUGAAGUCCAUAUACCUAGAAAUGGCUCAAGGUUUGGAAACCCUGUUUUAGGGUAUCCUGCUCAAUUCAGUUGGGUUUUAUGUAGUUUUAAUAGGGGAGGGGAGGCAGAAAACUACCCAACCUGGUGCUUGUCAGUGAGGAGAUUUGGUUGCAGUGGAUGGGCUGGGCAAAAUAGCAAGAAGUUGGCUAUUAGUUAAAUUAAUUAAAGAUGUGAUUAGAGGGGAAAUGGGCCAAAAAAGGCUCUGAAAUCUCUAAUCUAGGAGGAUCUUACUUGGGGGUAUAUUGUUUUUAAGAAGACAUGCAUACAAUUAAAACAUUAAAAACACUUCUUGGUACUGAAACAAAGUAAUGUCAAUGCAGUGGAGGUCUUGUAACGUCUGAAAGAGCAUAUUUUAAAAGGAGGGGGGGAACCCCGAUACAUGCAAAACUGCCCUUAUUUAAAGUAAUGGGAUUCUGUUAUUUUUUUUAUUAUGGUUAAAUUUCCAGAAAAGAGCCUUGGCUUGUUUGUAUGUGUUGGUUCUGUGUGUGUGUGUGUGUGUGUGUGUGUGUGUGUGUGUGUGAAUCCUGCCCCUAGCACUUUCAAGGCACUGUGCCAUUUUCCAGGAUCAGCUGGCCAUUGCAAGGAAGCCAUCUGAUCCAGAGAAGGAUGCAGUUGCUUUAAUGAGCUAUGUCCAGACUGUGUGUGUGCUCCAAAGUUCAUUUUUUGGAAUCAGAUUCGAAGUGCUGCCAGGCAGAAUAUCUGUUGAAAUCAAUUUUCUAGGGUGCCUAGAAUGGCUGUUCAUUGAAAUACUGAAUGCAGAGAAGCUUUUUAGGAAAUAAAGCCUCCAUCAGUUGGCCAAAGUUGACUUGGUUUCCUGAAUUCCUCUCACAGCUGUCUUGUACUGUAUCACAACUUGUCCCACCGGUCAGAGAAAAGUUCCUUCUCUUUCCAAGUCAGAUUGGCUAGUUUACUAGAAAAUCCAGAUCCUGUGUCCCACCUGUGCACGCUAUAGGGCAGGUAAUAUGCAGCAAAAGCUCUCAAAUCUGUCUCUUUGUCAAAGACAUGGUUCAAGAAUGCCCGGUAGAUAUAUUUAUGGAAUGAGGGGUCCUUGGUGCUCUGUGAGCUUGGUUGUUUUCUUGUAGACCUUUCAUUACUCAAACUUGGUAACAUUAUCAGUGCCAAUGAGUACUGAGUAACACUGAUGAUAUUAUCUAGUUUGGGUAAUGAAAGGACUACAAGAAAAACUCAGAAAAUAUCAAGGAAUAUUUGAGCUACAAAUAUUCUCCUUUAUUGAUAUUUGCAAAGUUUGUUGAGGAGAACUUCAGGGAGACUCAGCUCUAGCAAUCCAUGCAACAUUUUUUUCAUAGUUGCCCCAGCGGUGUUCAGAAUUCGCAACUGAGACAAACGUUGAAAGUCUGAUUAGAAGGUUGGUGCUAAUACUUCAGAAUCCUUUUUGCACGAAGAUCGAUGCAACUUUUUUUUUCAAAAGCUCGCGGGCAGAGCAAGAGCGGGUCCGACUUCUGCAUGAUGACGAAUAAGUUGACAAGCUAUCCGUGAUUAUCACCCAUUCUUCAUUUGGCUGCUGGAAAACCUUUGAAUCCUGGUCCCUGAAAUUGGGGGGUGAGAUUUUACUUUUUAAAGAAAUGGGAAUGAAAAACGAAACCAUUGUGAUUAACUUAAAUUAAUCCGGGCAUAUCAUUUAAGUUCUCCCUCUAAAUAGGAACUAGAAUAUUUGACGCUGCCCUCUUCUGGAUGCUGCUCUUGAAAAGAAGAAAAUGGAGUUCUUGGCCAUAAAAAGGCUGCUUCCAUUUGUAGUAAAUCAAGGAUUUCCCAUUUAGGAGUAGCCGUCCCUGGAGAGAAAAACUGAAAUCUGGUAAUAAAAUAGAGACAAAGCUACUACAGGUAGUCCUUGACUUAUGACCACAAUUCAGCCCAAAAUUUCUGUUGCUAAGCGAGACAACUGUUAAGUGAGGUUUGCUUCAUUUUACGACUUUUCUUGCACAGUUGUAAAGUGAAUCACUGCAGUCAUUAAGUUAGUAACAUGGUUGUUAAUCUGUGAAUCUGGCUUUUUCAUUGACUUUGCUUGUCAGAAAGUUGCAAACGGUGACCACAUGAUCCCGGAACACUGCAACCGUCAUAAAUGUGAGUCAGUUGCCAAGCGGCUGAAUUUUGAUCACAUGACCUGCAUGCUGCAACAGUUAUAAAUGGGAAAAACAGUCAUGUCACUUUUUUCAGUGUUAUCGUAACUUCAGACGGUCACUAAAUAAAUGGUUGUAAGUCCAGGGCUACCAGCAGAGGGGAAAAGCGUGAAGUCCUGAAGUCUAUUGAAUAAAAAUAAAAUAAAGGACAGGCUUUCAGUGUUUGGUGAAAACAAUUAAAUUGGGCAGAAAGAUUCUAUUUCAGUCUUAAUGAUAAUAACACAGUUGGAAGGGAUCUUGAGGUCUUCUAGUCCAACCCCCUGUUCAAGCAGGAGACCCUAUACCAUUUCAGACAAGUGGCUGUCCAAUCCCUUCUUGAAAGCCUCCAGGGAGAUUUCCCUGCCAUGUUAAUUUUUUGGGGGGAGGAAACUUGCAAGUUACAUAACAGCACCUUGAAAGCCCUACCUUCCCUACCUCUGAUCUUUGGGAACAAGUUUUCCAUCUGAUCUCCGUUUUCUCAGACUCUUCUGGUCUUGGACUUCGCUACUAACCGUCAAUUUGCCAUCUCCUUCAAAGGGGGGAUUCUUCUCAGGAUUCCAAUUUGGGUAGUGAAUGGAAAGAUUUGCUUGAAAAUCCCUGAAACCUCCCUCCAAACAUUUGGUGGCACUUCAAGCAGGGUUGAUUGAGCCCAAAGCUAGCCUGUUUGUUAAUUCCACCCAUCUAAAAAUAUCUAAGACGGCUUUCCUUCUGAAUGGCAUGUCUUGAUUCAUAGAGCAAUAUCCCCUGUUGCUCUUAGCCAACAUUGGCCAAUGUUUGGAUCCCAUAUCUCUGACUGCAAGUCUGGGUGAUUCCAAGCCAAACGGCAAUUCACUGGUCAUGGCGUGGUGGGCCAUUAACACUUGAGGAUCCUCCAAAUGUUGCCUACCUGGGACUUCUAAAAUGGGAUGGGUGGAAUUGAGAGGCACGAUCUGUUGAAGGGACCUUUGUUUUCAAUUGCUGCAAACAAUUAUGCUGCCGAUAGGAUGGGUGAAGUUCACUGUGUAAAGUGUUUUGUUCACAGAUUGAGGCUUUCGGUUGCGUUGGGUUUGGCGUGGCGUGCACAUAGUUCUUUCUUCCUUUUGAAUAUAUCACCAAAGACAUCUUGUGGAAUUGUUAAAUGGCGUAAACACUUCUCUUUUUUUAUUUGGUUGGUUGUUUUGGGGAAAAGGUGUAUAGGUGUUUGAACUAAUAAGAAUGUUUCUCUACAGAUAUGUAUUUGCUAGCCUCCGGGUUGUGGAUAUUUAUAGAAAUGCUUUUUUUUCCCUAAAGAAAACCAAUUUUAUAAUAUACUAGGGUACUCAAGACUUUGACUUUGCAUCUGACCUUGUUCUAAAAGGGUUUUCUGAUUUUGGUUUUGUGGUCUCUUUGAAAAAAAAAAUGUGAAUUGUCGCAAGAAAAUGUUGGCUGAAUUGUGAGGAUGGGCAAGCACGAAAGGUGGAGUAGUAGAGCUGGAAUGGAUCUUCUCAUGUUAGGAUCUGUCUUAUAGUCUUGGUUGGACUUGAUCGGACAUUUUUGACUUGAUAAUUUUCAAGGCUCAAGAAAUAGAGAAGAUUAAGAUGGCAAUUUGCAUAGCACCAUACGUUACACAGAAGGGGAUAUUGUUCUGACAGCUAGGGGGAAACUGUCAUGUCUUUGAUGGCUCCCUUGUAUUAAAAUAUGUACUCUGUGCAUGUAGAAAAACAAACGUCCAUUAGCUCUUUGAGGUAGCCCAGAUAAGUAGCAUAAGUACAAGCACCAGCUGUCCCUAUAUUAGGGUCAGAUUACAUUAAUGGAAUUUUGCACAUCUGAAAAUACAGGCAGUCCUCAACUUACAAUUGAACCCAAAAAUUCUGUUGCUAAGUGAGACAUUUGUUAAGUGAAUUUUGCCCCAUUUUCUCAUCUAUCCUGCCACCGUUAUUAAGUGACUCACUGCAGUUGUUACAUUAGUAACAUGGUUGUAAAGUGAAUCUAACUUCUCCAAUGACAUCGCUUGUAAGAAGGUUGCAAAAGGGGAUCACAUGACCCCGGGACACUGCAACAGUAAAAAAUAUGAAUCAGAUGCCAAGCAUCUGAAUUUUGAUCACACAACCAUGAGGAUGCCACAAAGGUCAUGUGAACAACAGUCAUGUCACAUUUUUCAGUGCUGCUGUAGCUUUGAACGGUCAUUAAACAAACUGUUGUAAGUCAAGGACUACAUGUAUUAACCCCCUCCUUUCCUUUUAUUCUCCAGAAACUAGGGAGAGUUCCUUCUCAGAUGUUUUCCAUGUCCCUUUUCCUUUCAUGGACUGAGAUACCAUUUUUAUGAUGGUGGUCUAAGCUGCAACUCUUCUUGCUGUCUCCCAAGGUCAUUCUCACAUACUGAUACAAUAUCAGGAGGCGCAAUGAAGGAAAUGAAGAAGAGCUUCUUCACUACAAAAAGGACUUAAAAGUCUACAAAUGUUCCCCAACCUUCCCUGCUGCCCAUCUAAAAUGGUUCAGUGUAGGAUUAUGACCUCCUCAUUCUUGGUAAUACAUUGAAAUGAAAGGACGUAGGUCACAAAAUCUGAGGCUUGCUCUGCUUUCUAAUUUCUGGGGCAGUUGUUCAUUUUUCUGAGAAGGGUUGGUUGACGAAUUCUGUAGUUGAAAGUCUACAUAAGGUGGGAACAUGCAAAUUUCUUGGGGACCGAUGGAAGGGCUCUCCACUCAUCCAAAGAUGAUUUGCAUCAAAAUAAGAGUUUUGUUGCAGUGGUUCCUUCAGCUUUGUAGUCUGUCCUUUCCUCAAGAAGUCAUCACUGGACCAAGCAAUCCUGGACAAUUUUUAUCCAGUUCUUCAGCCUUCCUUUUUUAAGUUGUAGGAAAUAUGGUCAGGCAACAGCAUCAGAAGUUCCUGGAGAAAACAGAUUAUUUGGAUCAGUUUUAGCUAGAACAUAGUCCAAAGAUUGCAUUGGUUGCACUUGGGGAUAAGCUGUGGUAGAGCUUGGGUGAGAGACAUUGGGGUCUCUCAUCAAGGAACAUUGGACAUCUUAGUUGGUUGAGAUACUGCCAAUUAUAGUACUUAUGGACUGGCUAUGGGGAUUUAAAGUGGUGGACACCAGAUUAUGAUGGUUCUCUUCCUUUUUCUGGUGGCUUCUACAUAGCAUUAACAGAGUAGAGAUCAAGUCCAUGGCCCAUCAUCUGUGGAUGCCCAGGGACUUGACGCCCUUGCCCCUUUUGUUUUAACAACUAUACCAAGGGUCUCCAAACUUGAUCAUUUUAAGACUUGUGGACUUCAUCUCCCAGAAGCUGAAGUCCACAAGUCUUAAAGUGGCCAAGUUUGGAGACUCCUGCUCUACACAGAACCACCUAUUGAACCCAUCCAUUGAUUUGAUGUCCACACUCAUCAGUUUGCUCAUGAUACCGAACUGUACCUCUCAACCCCAGCUCUCCCAACAGAUGCUGCUCAAUGUUUUUUUUCCAACGUCUUGAGUCUGGGUAGGUCUGGAUUGCAAAGGGACGGACUCGGGCUCAAUUCUAACAAGACUUGAAUAGUUCUAGAUAUUUGCCCAUCCCCCCCUAGUUCAGAGGACUUUCUAACUCUAGUCUAGUCUUGGAUUUAUUUAUUUAUUUAUUUAAAUUGAUUUAUAUGGCUGCCCAGCUGACAGAUGUAGUUCUGGGUAAUUGACGAAAAACAAACAAAACUAAACUAAAAAUAUGUUAUAUAAAUAUAGGGUGACACUUUCUUAUUCAAGACUGCCUCUUUGUGGUAGACCUUGAACACCAAAGUUAUGAAUAUUAAAAUGACUUUUAUUAUAAGGUUACAGUAAGAUAUUCUUUCAACUCUCACUACUACUUCUACUGAAGAAAACUAGGGAGGAUUCAGUCUGAGGCGCUUUUUCAAGUUACACUCCUGCUUUGGAUUCAAAUUUCUCUUAUCUGACCAUUCCUUGGCUGUGGCUGUUUCUCCUUUUCCUCAAGAUUAUUUUUUACAGCUCAUUACGACUAGUGUGUAAUCUUGGAGACAGUGGAUUGUUUUGGACUCAAAGCUCCUGUCUGAAGAGCAGGUGGCCAAUAAGCCCUUUACAAAGACCCAUUCAAUGUCCCAAAGAUGUUUUUUUCCCAAAUACAUUUUUUCAAGAGGCAACUGGACUUUCUGGUUUUUCUUUGAAGAUGUUUCGCUUCUCAUCUGAAGAAGCUCCUUGGAUGGGAAGUGAAAGUCCAGUUGCCUCUUGAAAAGCACCUUUGGGACAACCAAAACUUGGAUGACUAAGAAUGUCCAUAGACCCAUUUAAUGAGCCAGUUGCAUCCAUUCCUGGAUCUGGAAGCAUUUCAGACAGCCACUCCUGCCCACGACACCUCACAAAUAGAGUACAGCCAUGCGGUUUACAUGUGGCUGCUCUUGAAGACCCCUUGGAGGCUACAACUGGUUCAGAAGGUGGUGGUGCAGGCAAUAUGGGAAGUGCCAUAAUCAGGGCAUGUGACACCACUGUUCAAUGAGUUGUACUGCUUAUCGGUUAGCUUUCAAGUACAGGUCAUCCUUGACUUAUGACCACAAUUGAGCCCAACAUUUCUGUUGCUAGUUGAGACAUCUGCUAAAUUUUAUGACCAUUCUUAGCUCAGUUGUUAAGUGAAUCACUGCAGUUGGUAAGAUAGUAACCUGGUUGUUAAGUGAACCUGGCUUCCUCAUUGACUUUGCUUGUCAGAAGGUCACAAAAGAUGAUCACAUGAUCUUGGGACACUGUGACCAUCAUAAAUAUGAACCAGUUGCCAAGAAUUCAGAUUUUGAUCACAUGAUCUUGGGGAUACUACAAAGGUCAUAACUGAGAAAAAUGGUCACUUUUCUGGGCCAUUGUAACUUUGAAUGGUCACUAAAUGAACUGUUGUAAAUCGAGGACUAUCUGUAUAAUUCAAGAUGCUGGUUAGCAUCUAAAAAGCUUUUUGUGGCAUUGGACGUGGUCGUUUGAGGAACCAGCUAUCUCUGAUCAUUUCUGCUCAUCUGGUAAGAUUGAGUAGAGUAGAUGUACUCCAGGUGCCUCUGAUUAAACAAUGCCCUCUGCCAAGGUCUAGGAAGCAUGCCCUUCCUAUCCCAGUUCCAGUUCUCUGGAAUAAGAUCCCCCACAGAUCCAUGGGUUUUCCCCCUUGAUGAUGUUCAGAAACCCUUUGAACCCCUUCCUCUUCUCCCAGGCUUUGGGGUAGGAUAGCGGUUGAGCUUCAUGGGAUAGCCAUGACGUGGAUCAGGGGUCUCCAAAUUUGUCAACUUUAAGACUGGUGGACUUCAACUCCCAGAAUUUCUGAGCCACCAUACGAAUUCUGGCAGUUGAAGUCUACCAGUCUUAAAGUUGACAAAUUUGGAGACGCCUGAGCUGGAUGAUUGAGAGUCUUCACAGACAACCCCAUGGAAUGUUUUGACUCUACCUAUGGUCUCUUCUGGACAUAUCCAGUCUGUAUCUGUUAUCAUUGUUUCCUUCUUUUUAAGCAUAAGCUGGUCAAAGCCUAUUGGAGUAGACCAGCCUCUAAAUCAUAAAUUAAAAGAAAUCAACCUAGUUUCAUAUUUGAAGAAAAGAUGAUGGUUGCUACUUCUAUAUGUGCAGUGAAAAGCAGGGGGAACAUGUUAAUAAUGGAUUGUAGACAUCAGUAGACUUAAAAUUGAUGUCUGCCUUCAUUCAUCUUGUCCUCCAGGUAUCCUGUCCUUGAAAAGCUCACUUUGAUUUUAUUCUCUUGGGAGAAUCUCUGGCUGGCUUACAUCUUUGCUUUGGAUUAGGGAAUAGUGUCUUUCUCUUAAACGGGAAUAGGCAGCCCUGUUUGCUAAAAUUAUUAGGUUUCCAGGGGAAUUUACAAGGAGCAUCUGAUGACCUAUUUGCAGAGCGGGUAGGAUUGGACUUAACAAUUAUUCCUUGUAUCUUUUUAACAACUUGGUGCACUGACACAUCUAUCUUAAUGCCUGCUGUUUUUAAAAAAGAAAACUAAAUAUCCUAUUGCUGGACUUUAGUGAUUUGCCCCCAGCUUUUGGCAGAGUGAUGUUCAGGAAUUGCGGGUUGUGCCACAAAUUGGCUAGGGUGUGGUGGCACAGUGGUGAGAAUGCAGUAUUGCAGGUUAAUUCUGCUGACUGCCAGGAGUUCGAUUCUGACAGGCUGAACGUUGACUCAGCUUUCCAUCCUUCUGAAUUCAGUAAAAUGAAGAUCCAGAUGAUUGGGGGCAAGAUGCUGACUCCGUAAGCCACUUAGAGAGGGCUGUAAAGCACUGUGAAGCGGUAUAUAAGUCUAGUGCUAUUGCUAUAUGAUCUGUUACCAAAGGCUGCUCGCCCCAACUGUAAGCUAAAAAACUGAUUUAUUGCUGCUUUUCUUGUCUUCCUCAUGAUUCUUAAGAGGAUGUAUCAGUUACAUUUUAAGAGUAGAAAAAAUGAUUGUGCUGAAAUAUUUCCGUGUUCCAAUGUGUUUGUUGUGUGCUUUACAGCUUUGGUAAGAGUAUUAUUCAGUUUUCAGUUGUUUUAAGAUCACAUGAGAGAAAAUUUAAACCAAUACCUUGGGAUCUUCUUUUCCUGAAGUGUCAAAAGCUAGUUGUCAGCGUAAGAAGAAACAAAUGCAUUCCAGUUCUUUGACUGAUUUUAUACAAAAUCUUAACCCUAAAUGCAUAGAACAAGAUGCACAUUUAAAGUUGAUGUGAUCUGUGUUUAAGCAAAUAUGCCGUAUUAGGACAAUGUGAUAAGUUGAUUCACAAAAAUGAUUGAGAUUGUUUUGGUUCAGGAUUUUCACAACACAGUCACAAUCUAGCCUGUCCUAAUUUUGCAUAGUCAGCAUCUUAGAUCAGUGUUUUUCCAACUUGGGAACUUUAAGAUGCGUGAACUUCAACUCCCUGAAUUCUCCUGGCUGAGAAAUUCUGGGAAUUGAAGUCCACACUUCUUAAAAGUUGCCAAGUUUGAAAACUGUUUCAGUGACCAUCAAGCCAACUGAGAGGACUGAUAUUAAAUUCCGCCCUAGCUUUAUUGUUGUCAGCUUUUACUGUAUUAGAACUGUGAGAGCCUUAAAAAUUGAGUUAGGGAAUUCUGUGUUCUCUUCCUUAUUUCUUCUUUUUUAUGAGCCCAAUGAAAAACUUGAUUUAUUCCCUUUUUUCCCUGACAAUUUCUAGUUGCUUCUUCUUUUUUUUAAAAAAAGGAUUUUACAUCUCUGGAUAGUAUUAAAAUAUGCCUUGUUACAGGAAAAUGACAACUGGAAAAAACCUGCCUUUUAAGGGUAGCAGAAUGAUUUACUGUACUGGGCUUUACUGGGCUGUCCUUAAAUGUAGUUAUGAAUUUGUAUUCUUGAUAAAAAUGUUUUCAUUUGGAAGAAGAAAAAAUUAGAUAUUGAUUGAAUAAUGAAGUGGGGCAUUCUCUUUGUCACGCAAUGACCGUGAAAUCACUAAUACAGAUAGUCCUCGACUUACAACUGUAACUAAGCCCAGAAUUAGUCAUAAGUCAUUCCAGUCAUAAAUUGAGUCAUCAUGUGACCAGACCCAAUUUUUUGACAUUUUUUUGUAGCAGUUGUUAAGCAAAUCCAUUUUCCCCAAUGGGUGAAAUCAGCAAAACGUGGUCACAUGAUUGCAAAUCAUGAGCUGCUUGCAAAGUGCUGAAAAUGCAGUCAUGGGACUAUGUACAAGGGGAUGGAUGGAUGUAGCCAUUGUAAGUUCAAAAACGGGUCAUAAGUAAGGGGAGGAUUGUCGUAACUGAAUGGUCAUUAAGUGAAUAAUCGUAAGUCAAGGACUACCUGUAUAUCUCCUUUUUAGUUGUAAAUACACAAAUCAAGUAAACUUGAAGGACACAGUAAUCUACUUGGGCACAGAAGGACAGUUUAUCAUCUACAUCUUGAAACUUUUUAGUCUUAACAUAUUUAUGAUUGUAUAUUGCAAAUAGUUGGAUAUUCAAAGAACUAUGAUUAGGUAUGUAUUUUGCAAAACCAGACAGAGAAAAAGUAAUAUUUCAGUAUUUGGAGGGAGCAGAAUUGAUCGCAUGCUCCAUUUUGAGAGCUGUUUGAGACUCAACAGUGAAAGAGAAGUUCCUAGCUCAUAUUUUGCUGGAUAUUAGCAGAUAUUGCUCUACUUUGUCCUACUCUACAGAAGAAGCUGCAAAUGUGGAUUUUCUAUUGAUCUGUUUCUUGUGCUUCUUUUCCUAUACACCAGGCAGCUAAUCAUGGUCACACUGUAUAUACAUGAGUUGAGCUGGAUCAGGAAAAUGAUGAUAUAAAGCAGUAUUUCUCAAGCUUGCAACUUGAAGAUGUGUGGACUUCAACUUCCAGAUUCUGAGAGUUGAACUCCACUCAAGUUGCCAAAGACUGAUAUAGAGAGAACUUCUAUAAGCAACCUUCUACCAUCCUAAGAAACCUAAGAUCUGGUGCUGAUCAAUGUAGUGAAAUAAUCUCAUUGACUUGUAGAAUUUUGAAAUCAUUCACGCUAAAAUUGCAAAGUAUAUGUAAUCACUGCCAAAUGUAAAGUUGUCUCAUGCAGUUGGGUUUAAUGUAAAUGAAACUUCUCUUGUUUCUCAUUCCGUCUUUUGAUUGUUCCCCAAUUUGUUUUUGUUUGGGUUUCAUGAAUGUUUUUUUAAAAAAUCUUCAUUGGACUGUUCUUACAUGGUUUUCAAGAUAUUUUGCAAUGAAUGUUCUUGCUAAAGGCUAAUGAAUAAAUUUGAGGGUUUUUUUUUUAAAAAAA